UUUCUUAAAAAGUAAUAUAUGGUUUUUCGAGCUUGUUAUCAUAAUUGUAAUAAAGAAGUUAAUCAUUUUAUUAGAAUAGCAAACUUUUUAUAUUUAAAUCUAACAAAUAAUUAUAAUGGCGUAUAUGCAGCAAGCCCAAAUGCCUGAUCAACAAUUUUUAUGGGACGUAUUUCAGCGGGUAGACAAAGAUCGCAGUGGUUACAUAUCAGCUGAUGAAUUACAAGUAGCAUUGUCCAAUGGAACAUGGAGUCCAUUUAAUCCAGAGACCGUACGUUUAAUGAUUGGUAUGUUCGAUCGCGAAAAUCGGGGCACAGUUUCGUUUCAAGAUUUUGGUGCGCUUUGGAAAUAUGUUACAGACUGGCAGAAUUGUUUCCGAUCAUUUGAUCGUGAUAAUUCUGGCAACAUUGAUAAAACUGAAUUAAAAACUGCCCUUACAUCUUUCGGUUAUCGGCUCUCGGAUAACAUUAUUGAUCUGCUACUGCGUAAAUUUGAUCGAUUUGGAAGAGGAACAAUUCUGUUCGAUGAUUUUAUACAAUGCUGUAUUGUUCUAUACACAUUGACAUCUGCAUUCCGCCAACACGACACUGAUAUGGAUGGUAUCAUAACUAUUCACUAUGAACAAUUUCUCAGCAUGGUAUUCUCAUUGAAAAUUUAAUACGAAACAUCAAUAAGUUAAUGACGGUGGCAUAGUUGGCCGACAAAUCAAUAUUAACAAAAUCUAAAAUAAUCAAAAUAGAAACAGCUCUAUAUUCCUAUGCCCGCCUUAUGGUGCCAAAUACAGAAUAUGUAUGUUUGUUAUUUUUCACUGAGUGUCCCAUUAUAUAUUUUUUUUUUAAUUUCACUCAUACAAUGUUUCAUUAUUAAUUUAAUAUGGAAAUAGUAAUGAAAAAUUGAUCAAGUCUAUAGUUCCCCACCAGAGAUACAAAAAAAAAACAACUAAUCUAUUGUCCGAAAUUAUUCAAGUUUAUUCAAACAAUUUUAGCAAUCUUGAGCUUAUUGUGGGAUGGUAUUAAAAUUAUCUCCAAACUUUACGGCAUUUUGUGGGUGAACACUUUUGGCAACCGCGAAAUGUUAAUACCAUCUUUUUAAAUAACUCAAUGGUCUAUUCGACUUUUCCAGGUUCAUUUUGAUAUUUGCAAAAAAUGUAAAAAAAAUAUAGCCCUAAUGUGCAUGCUAGUUUUACCAUUGUCCAAUAUUAUGAUUACUGUUUUGUUAUAAUUUGAAAAUUUAUGUUUUCUUCAAAUGCUGAACAAACAUUUUUAUUAGUUCUAAACUUCUAACAUUUAUACAUCAGUCUUGGAUAAACUAGAUUCUAGGCCUUAUAAUUCAUAUAUUUAUUAUUCAUGUAUGUGAUGAAAAUCGAUUUCGAAAACGAAAAUGGUUGUGAUUUAUGUAUUUCCGUAUGUGAAUCAUCAAUAUGCGGGACACUCAUACAUACAUACAAUUUAAUUAAUAAAUCAAAACUAUUUUAAAUUAGUAUUGUAUAAAAUCAGAAUAUUUUUUAUGUCUCUUUAAUUAAUAUUGGGUUAACCGCAUUUUAAUUAUUUGUAUCUAUUAGUAUUGUAAAAGUUAAAGAAAAAAAUAAAAUUUAUUUCUUUUUCAUGUUACAAA